AUGGCAGGAAAUCUCUCUGAACUUAUUGUUGAAGCAUCAACAUUUAAGGAUAAUAUGGAUCAUUUGUUUUUGAUAAUAAUGGGAAUGUGUGUUGUUUUUAUACAGUGCGGGUUUGCCUUUUUAGAAGCCGGGGCAGUCAGAAGCAAAAACACUACAAAUAUUCUCAUCAAAAAUGUAAUGGACUUCUUUCUCUCUGGUAUAUCCUAUUGGUUGUUCGGAUUUGCCUUCGCUUAUGGUGAUGGUGCCGGCAACAGGUUUAUUGGACUGACGUAUUUUGCUUCCUCUGGGGUUACACACAGCGAAUACGCCAUGUUUUUCUUCCAGUUUACGUUUGCCGCUACAGCUUCUACCAUUGUUUCUGGUGCAGUUGCAGAGAGAUGCGAAUUUAUAGCAUACUUGGUGUACAGUGUAAUUAUAACAGGCUUCAUCUACCCCGUCGUUACACACUGGGCGUGGGCGCCAGGAGGAUGGCUGAUUAUCGGGGAUACUUACUCAACCCUUAACAACGAAAGAGUUGCUUAUCAGGACUUUGCCGGUAGCGGAGUUGUUCACGUUCUCGGUGGAGUCGCAGCUUUCGUGGGUGCUGUAAUUCUGGGUCCCAGAAUCGGCCGAUUUCACCGCAGCUCCAAAACUGUAGCUACGAUCAGAGGCCACUCCGUACCAAUGGUUUCUCUGGGUGGAUUCAUCCUUUUCUUUGGAUUUUUGGCUUUCAAUGGUGGAUCCCAGCUGUCAAUCAGUAACCCUGGUGACGGCGACGUGAUGUCAAUAGUAGUAAUAAACACAGUUCUGUCCGGAUCAUGCUCUGCUGUGAUGUCACUCAUUCUCCAUCGUCUUAAAUUUUUUGGAAACGCUUGGAGUUUAUUAUUAACCAUCAAUGGCUCAUUGACUGGAAUGGUUGCCAUAUGUGCUGGAUGUAAUGUUUACGAACCCUAUGCCGCAUGUGUGAUUGGGCUCAUUUCUGCGGUUGUAUACAUGGCCUACUCCGCUUUAAUGGUCAAGGUUGGCGUGGAUGAUCCCUUGGAUGCCGUUGCAGUACAUUUUGGCGGAGGCAGUUGGGGAGUUAUUGCUGUGGCUUUCUUUGACAGUUCCAAGGGAAUUUUAUAUGCAUGGGAUCUGAAAUCUGGUUAUAUGCUCGGAAGGCAGUUUAUAGGGUUGUUAGCCAUAAUAAGCUGGACACUGGUGUUGUCGGCGAUCAUUUUUGGGGUUAUGAGAGCACUCGGGGUCCUCAGGGUGAGCCGAGAACAAGAGGAGAAAGGUUUGGACAUCCCGAAACAUAAUGAACCUGCUUAUCCCGUAGAGGCAUACGGACACGGCCAUAUUGAACGCUUGAUUCAGAUUCUGGAGGAUAACCCCAAGGUCGUCACUCAGGGAUUCGUUAACGUUGCUUAUGAAAAAGAAAUCACAGAUAAAGGACAAUACGAGAAUCCUGAGACACAACACGUACUACGUAAAGGGUCUUUAGAAAUUAUUCCCUCCAAGGCAAAUGCCAGAAUUUCCUCUGAUGAAGGAUUCGCCACAUCAAAACCAAGCAAAAUAAGCGACACAAAUAUCUAAAGGUCCCUCUUUAAACAUAAUGAGGAACAAUUUUCAUAAACUGGCUAGAAGAGAUAGAUGUUUUUUGUACUCAGUUAGCUGAUACAUGUACAUGUUAAAGUGAAGUGAAAGAUCUGCGGAUAUUUCUCACGAUGUCAUUUAUAAAGCAGUCACAGCGAAAGUAAACCUUUAAGCAUUUUAGUUGUAAAUACCAAUAUCCUAUUUUU